GAGUACAUUAGAUGACGCAGUUUUGAAACACCAGUGCCAUUUAUUUUUGCAUUAAUGAGAACAUUUACACAGCAUGUGUUGUAGAAGUGAAAGUGUUAGGUAGAAAUAAAAUAAAAAGCAUUGCAUUUACGGGCUCUUGGUGAGGAAGGAGGGGAGAUGCAUACUACGUCCCAUCCGUAACUGCAUCUCUGGAUCAUUAGGAUCGUGAGAAGUUCUGGGCAGCGUGUUUAUUCCACUCUGCGUGUUUACGUGUGUGAGGUGUUGAUCCCGCUCUGCGGUCCGGUGCCAUCACGAAAUCCACGCCUCCGCUGAUUGGCUGAGAGCAAUCGGGCCUGGGUCACAUGGCUGGCUUCUAUGGUCCAGAGUAAAAAUGGGGUUUGGUGUAAAUCUAGGGUGUAUUGCUGUCAUAUAUCACGCUACCUCGUAAAAACGACACUGAGGAUUCUGGGCCAACAAAUCAGAGCGGGAGGGGAAAAAAAGGGGGGAAAAAAAAUAUGAGUUCUUAUUAUGUGGACAGUCUCCUUUACAAAUCUGCGCCGGGCAGUGCUCUGUUUCCGAUCGCAGACCGAGCUUCUGGAAUUGGACCCGGCGCGGAGGACCGUCGGACCGCCGCCAUCGCGUUAGCGCCGUCCCUCUCGGGAGUCUACAGCCUCAGCAGCGCGGCGUACCAGAGCCUGGACCCCGUGUUUACCUCCGGAUAUGGCCGAGGACGGGACGUACACGGCCAGGGCGGCGGCAGCAGCCCGUUUGACCAGGGCCGCCUGUUCAGCGACAGCUACAGCCAUCCUGGACCGGGAGCCCUCACCUCGCCUGCGGACAAACAGCACCGGAUGUACCCCUGGAUGAGGGCAUCAGCAGAUCCAAGCCGAAAGCGGGGCCGGCAGACCUACUCCCGGCACCAGACCCUGGAGCUGGAGAAGGAGUUCCACUUCAACCGGUACCUGACCCGAAGGCGGCGGAUCGAGAUCGCCCACGCCCUCUGCCUCUCCGAGAGACAGAUCAAAAUCUGGUUCCAGAACCGCAGGAUGAAGUGGAAGAAGGACCACAAAGAGGAGGCCAUCCACGGGCAGCUGGGUGACACGCAGGCCGAAUCCAGAGAUGGAGACCCUGGCAACGCAGACCCAAUGGAACCUAAACAUUAAAGACAGAGACAGACAGAAUUAAAUGAUAGGAUCUCCACAAAUGUGCAGGGAUAAUAAGGGACAUGUUUUCUCCACUUUUCACGCGUGCAUUUUCUUUGAUUUGAGUUGUAAAAUGAUUGUCUUUGCAUUUUACUUCCUGAAAAGCUACAAAUCUAAAUAAAUUAAUAAAUAAAUAAAUAAACGACUAACAUUUUCACCAUAUAUCCGAGCUAUAUUUUUCUACAUAACAUUAUCAGCCCAUGUCUGCAGCCCGUCUGACUGAAUGCCAAUGAACAUUCCUAUAUACGCAACCUAUAACGUUUACCUUUUUUAUAUACAUUCAAGCUCACACAGACUCGGAAUUAAAUGAGAAUAUUUUAUUUACAAACGGCUGUAUUCUUUUUAAGAUAGCAAACCGUGUUGUUUACAGCAUAGAUGUGCCUUGUUUCGAGCCGGGUGUGUGUUUUCAUUAAAAAUGAAAGUUUAUCACUGAA